CCUGCCGACUACCGAACUGUAUUGUCGACGCUGCCGGCCGGAGACAAGGCGAAAAGCCAUAUUUACUUCGACUGCUACGUUAAUGCCAGGCCAUUACGAAUUGCAGACUGUAGGGGAGCCCUUGAGCAAGAUCGAUGGAUCGAAAGGAAAGCUGUACAUUCCUGUGAAACCCAACAGGCAAGAAAUUUGUGUGAAGCCUCACUGGAUGUCCCUCGAUGUCCCCACUGACGCUCUCCGGAAACCCAUGGUGGCGGUUCACGAGGUAACCAAAACAAGAGUGGCGUGUUGGGGGUUUUGAAGACGUCGAGUCGACUGCAAGGAUGGCCGGACUAAUUUUCUAGAACGGAUUGACGCCACGCAACUUGGCUCACCAGCUGAGGCUCCAAGGAGGCACAGCCUUGGUUAUCAUGCCCGGGCGGGCACCACUAUACCUGCAGUGACAAAGGUUCAGGACAUAUACGGCAAGACAUGUUGUGUGCCCCAGUGAAGGCAGUGCCGAAGAUUUGGCCACGCGGAUUAAGAUUGCGUACGCUCGCAUGCUAGCGCCGUAGUCAGCCGCGUCGGUGAUGAUAGCCACGGCCUCGUCAGAAUGAGACGGAACCAGAGGCUUAAUGCUGUCGGCGAAAAGUUUGGAGACGACGGAGCAGGACGAAACCGCAGACGAUGCAGUCUGUAUCGGGAGGACGGAAGUGAGUGCCCGAGCUGCGCCGCCUACUGGUACGACUGUUGGAAGCAACCCAAACGUGACGCAGGUAUGGGCAUCGGGCACAUCUACGCCGGAGGCAACAACAGGGACGGCGGGAGGCGCUGACGCACCGGCAAAGGCAGACAUCAGUAGCCAAGCAUGAACCUAGGUCCCAUGAAUGUGAAGAGGCGGCUAGGCCUGGCGACCGGGGAGGACGACGAACAAGAGCUACACGAUCCUGAGAGGCCAUGACUAAUGGCCGGAAAAAAGGGACGCUAUACAGGCAAGCUGCUCUCCUCGUCGCUAUCACGUCAGAAAUAACUGUAGUAGUGAGCCUGUGCUUAUUGCUUGGUGUCACGGAGCGACAGCGCGCGUCCAGGUGUCGAGCUGGGUUCGCGAAAGAGAAAAGCAGUCCGGAUGCCGAACCUGCGCUGGGCCAUGGAUGCCGAGAACAGCAAGGGCGCAGCGGCCGGCAGGGGAACCUCAACCGCCUUCCGGCCGUCGAGCAACGGAGGUGUAGAAGCCCGGAUGCGCAAGACGGGCGGCGGCAGCAAGGCGACCAGCACAGCGGUGCCCGGAGCCCCCGGUGGCGGCGUGGGACUGCUGCCCGGAGUAGGCGUCGAAGACUCGUCGGCGGCGGAGGCCGGCGCCACGUCGGCGUCCCUGUGCGCCGGCUGCGGACUGCCCAUCGUGGACCGCUACAUCCUGCGCGUGAUGGAGCACUCGUGGCACGAGUCCUGCCUCCAGUGCUCCGUGUGCCACGCGCCCCUCGAGCAGUCCUGCUACUCCAGGGACAAGAAGCUCUUCUGCAAGGCGGACUACGACAAGCUGUUCGGCGUCAAGUGCGCGGGCUGCCUGGGCUCGAUCGCGCCCAGCGAGCUGGUGAUGCGCGCCCUGGAGCACGUGUUCCACGUGGCCUGCUUCGCCUGCGUCGUGUGCGGCCGCACGCUCCAGAAGGGCGACCAGUUCGUGGUCCGCUCGGGCAGGCUGUACUGCCGGCCCGACUUCGAGAAGGAGAUGGCGCUCGUGUCCAUGGCCUCCCAGCAGCAGCAGCCGCCGCCCCACGGCCACGGAGCGCCGAUCGCGGGGAACGCCGCCAGAGGCGAGAACGGCCAGGUCCCGGGAGCUGGUCAGAACGGGCAGCCGGCCGUUCGUCCGGACGGCCGCAGGGGCCCCAAGCGUCCCCGGACCAUCCUGACGACCGCGCAGCGCCGAGCCUUCAAGGCCUCCUUCGAGAUCAGCCAGAAACCAUGCCGAAAGGUUCGUGAAACACUGGCCAAAGAAACCGGCCUGAGCGUGAGAAUCGUGCAAGUCUGGUUCCAGAACCAGAGGGCAAAGUUAAAGAAAAUUCAGCGCAAGCAGCAACAGCAACAGCAGCAACAGCAGCAGCAGCAACAGGUGAAUGCGGGUGAUAGCUCCGGCAGUGAGAUGGCGUCGUCCACAAAGGACUCCAAGAAGAGCGACGACGGACGGCAGUCGGCAUCGCCGGCAGACCUGACCUCGCCGCCAUUUUCUAGAUUAGGACUUCUUGAAUCGGCAGCCGUAGGGUCCCCGUACCAGCUUCAGCCCCUGUCCUAUGGCACACACCAUGAUGGUUCGUACUAUGGCCCUACUCAUGGCGACCCAACUUAUAUGAAGUCGGAGAUCUCGAUGGAGAGCGAGACGUCCUUAAGCGGGCUCGAAGACGUGCUCAUCAGCGCCGGAGGCGGCCAGCCACCGGCCCUCAGCGAGCCCCACCCCAUGUUUCCCUCGUCGACGCCAACCGUCAACCCCAUCGACAAGCUGUACUCCAUGCAGACGUCCUACUUCAGCAACAACGAGUGCGAGUGCCUGGGCGCCUCCAACUGACCCUUCGAGGCGACGCCCGGGACAUCCCGCUCACGACGGUUACGGACGAGGCGCCGCAAGAGCGUCAUGGCGACCCUCGCAGGGAACGCUCGUGACCUUGUCUCCAAAGACGCGGAAGUGCAGGCAGGCCGGUGUUAAUGUCGCGUGUUUAAAACUUCACACUGAAGGAAAACUGAUAACGAGCAAUACAAAACGAUACGACAACGUCUCAGAAGCCCUGAAGUCUAGUACGUUUCGUUUUGUGCUGUUUAUUGUCGGUGGUUCUCAGUAAUGGGAUCUAAGGGUUCUAAACAUGCUACAGCAUCCAGAGCCCUCGAUGGUAGUGACAUCUAUUGUGGCGAACUUGCAGGGACGUUUCCUUGUUUUUGCGACGAAAUUGGUUUUCAAGCAUCUUCACAUCGAUUCAUCUUGAAGCUCUUUUAUCGAUGGUGUCCCGAUCACGCACUGUAGCAUGACGAACCACAGCGGCUUCACAAUGGGCUUGGGCACGCUGUGAGUACGUCGUUACAUCAGUCAAUCAUGUCUCAUGCGCUUCAAGCCUAGCAUUAGAAGAAAAUGCAUCGUGACCGCCCCCUGCUGUAAUCAGCUAUCCUAGGUCCAGCAGACGUCAUCACACUCGUGUUUGUGCAUUAAAGCCUCCGAAGUUGCACAUCGUCAGACUAUCAAUGCUCCCAGUGUUUGUGCGGCGCAGGGUGCAUUCCACAAGCACCUUCCUCCUGCAAUGAAGGUGUAUACAACUUUAGUUAUGCAUGCAGAUACCGGAUUGUCAAAAAUGUGAUUGUUAUACCUAUCUGUUUUACACCGGGACUCUUUAACUCUUGGUUGCUUCUUAAUGAUUAUAUUGAAAACGAUCCGGGAGGAGCAAAAAUAUUGAGUAGCUGUUUACAAAGACGGUUGAGCACGUGAACAUAAAUUUAGUGGAACGUUUCGGGCUACAAAACGUUAAGUAUCAUUCACGUGCAUACUCUUUACCGAUAAGAACCCAUGACAAAGACGAUUUCUUUUGUUCUGACUAUCUUGUGACGCAAAGACGAUUAAUGGCACUCUAGUCAAGGCGUUUGAGAACAUAUAAAUGCUUACUGCGAAGCGCUCAGUCUUGCCACUCUCACGCAGAAUAUAAUAAAACUUCUAAA